GGGGUUCUCUCCAAAGGGAUGGGUAAAAAAACCCUAUUCCAGUGUGGGAAAAGCCCGCUUGAGAGGAGAGUUUUGGAACGACACAUCAGGGGUCUUGAGCUACAAAUAAAUUUAAACUAUUAUUGCAUGGAGAUUCUAGAAAAAAAGGAGAGGCCUUUUUAACAGACUGUAUUAUUACCACGUCGUUGUCCAGGCUUUAUCGGCAGCGGCUCUCGCAUCGCCAACGGUCGAUCUGCCAGCAUAGCCCAUAACUCGAGUAAAACGGCUAGGAGAACAAGACCAGCUUGUCCAAGGCGACAAAUUGAAAGGGAAGAAAAGAAAAAAGAGAUAAAAAAAAUGAGUGACUCGCGGCGCCACAGCAGCUACGGCGACCGGCGUCGCCGGUACUACGAAGAGGACGAAUCCGAUGACGGCUACGACGACAACAGCUACUACCACUACGACCCGCGGCACCAUGGCAGAGACGACCGGCGGCGCACGCGGGACCGCAGCGUGCACUUUGACGACACGCCCCGGUCGUACGACUACCUUCCUCCCAAGUACAGCUACAGCAACAGCAGCAGCAGCAGCAGCAGCAGCCGCCGGCGAGGUGACGAGGUCUCCCGCGCCCGCAGCACGCACCACCGACGCGACGACAGCGUGGAGCGGAAGCGGCACCGGGAUGCCUCGGAGCGGUAUAGGAAUUCCGACCGGCGCCGGCACAGAUCGCACGACCAGCCGCGCCGCGAGCACCACCGCCACAGGGACGAGGAGCGGGGCCGCGAGCGGGACAGAGAACGGGACCGAGACAGAGACGCCAGGCACCGGCAGCGGCCGGCGCACCGGAGACACAGCACGGGCGGGGAGAUGCGCGCCAACAAGAGCCAGAGGAGGAGCAGGAGCAGAAGCCGCAGCAGCAGCGACGACGAGGGGAGGGGGAAAUCGCUGAGCCGGCUGGCGGCGUCGGCGGCGCUGACGGCGGGCGGGGUGGAGGCGCUCAAGAUCCGCAACGACCCGGGCAGCUGGGUCGGGAGCAAAGGGCGGCGCGUGGUGACGGCGGCGCUGGGUGCCGCCGCCAUCAACAGGGUCGUCGACAAUGGCAUGAGGGACCACCCCGUCAGGCAAAAGGCUGGUGCGGCGCUCGGGGGUGUCAUUCUGAACAAGGUGCUGAAUGGGAGUCGCAAGUGAGGACUUUUUGACUUUUGUUUUUUUUUUACAAGGUUACGGAACGAAUGAGCGAUUCCAGCGUUUUAUUUGUUUUGUUCUGAUGAUGACGAUUUCUUUUGUCGAGUUGAGGUUGGUGUUUGAUUUGCGUUCAUCGUGUACAAGUGUAUUAGUCUAGGAAAUGGCAGGAAAACUGGUCAAGGAUGACAAAAUCACUAGACGAGUUUACGACUAUGCUUUGUUUAUGGUUAUACAUGAGACUAUCCAUAAUGGGCUUAGUGUGGUCAGCUGCGUUUGUUAGACAAUCAGUGUUGUACCACAAGUCCCGCACAAGAGGAUCAGGCUUGAGUAUUGUCAUGGAGUAGCUAUCUUAAUAACAUUGUCGUGUUCAAGGCAUGUUUGAAUCUGAAAUUCUC